GAUACUAACCAGAAUAGUGUGUAACCAACGUAUCUCUAUACUUUUAUGACACCUGUUUGUUUACAAUUUAAGUGAAAUCUGUUUAAUUACUGUACUGGUGUUGGCAUUUGUCUUUAAAAUGCUCCAUUUUAUGCUUUUGUUUAGCCGUCAAGGUAAACUUCGUCUACAAAAAUGGUUUGUUCCCCACUCGGACAAAAUGAAGAAGAAAAUAACCCGAGAAUUGAUGACCAAUACAUUAUCAAGAAAGGCCAAACAUUGCAAUUUUAUUGAAUGGAAAGAUUUAAAAAUCGUUUAUAAACGUUAUGCUAGCCUUUAUUUUCUCUGUGGAAUUGAACAAGGGGAUAAUGAGCUUAUUUGCCUGGAAUUGAUUCAUCGUUAUGUUGAGCUACUGGAUAAAUAUUUUGGCUCUGUCUGUGAAUUAGACAUAAUAUUUAACUUUGAGAAGGCUUACUUCAUCCUUGAUGAGUUUUUGAUUGGUGGUGAGGUUCACGAAACAAGCAAAAAAUUGGUCCUCAAAGCUAUCAGUAGCCAAGACAUGAUACAAGAGGAAGAGAUUCCACAAGGUUUCUUUGAGGAUCAAGGCUUAGGAUGACUAGAGCGGCCAAAUUUUCACCAUGCAAAUAGAUGAAAAUUUUUGUGGAAGCCAUCGUUUCACCAAUCGAUAUUUUAACUAAUUAUUUUAAUAAUUUAAUAGAAAGUAUUGGAUAAAUCGAGUUUAUCUUAUUUGUUAUUACAUUCCAAAUUUUCAGCAACGAUUUCUGGAGAUCUUAACAUUAUUGCUCUCUAACUGUAUUUUUGAUUUAUGCUACUUUGGUUAGGUAGCAUUAUUUAUUAAAAGAUGUUUGAUGAUAUAUUAUUUUUUACGAUUAA